CCCCGGAAGGGGUCGAGGGGCGGCGAGGCGGCCCCGCUCCGCCCCGCUCGGCGCUUUCUGUCCGCUCUCCCGCGCCGUACGGCCCGGCCGCGCCGGCUCCAUCCGCUCGCAACUUGGCGGUGCGGGGCGCGGGGGCACCGCCGCGGCGCUGCCCUCGCCGGGCGGGGCGAGGCCAUGGCCGGCAUCGGCAUCGACCACUCCAAGCUGCCCGGAGUCAAGGAAGUAUGUCGAGACUUCGCUAUUCUGGAAGAUCAUACCUUGGCCCAUAACUUACAGGAACAAGAGAUUGAGCAUCACUUGGCUACAAAUGUUCAGCGUAAUCGUCUGGUGCAACAUGACUUGCAGAUGGCCAAGCAACUGCAAGAGGAGGAGGAUAAGAAAGCACGUGCUCAAAAACACCAAAAAGACUUGGAACGACAGGACUGCGAGAUCGCUCAGGAAAUCCAAGUGAAGCUCACGUUUGAGGCAGAGGAGCGCCGCAGGCAAGAGGAAAAAGACGAGGACAUUGCCCGUCUCCUCCAACUGCAGGAAGAAAAGAAGCGCAAGAAGCACUACCCAGAGUCCCAGGGCUAUGAGGAGAGCUAUUAUGCAGAAAAUGGAGAGCACCCCUGGCGUGACCCCAGAGAGCAGUUUUCUGAGCCUCACAGGGCACACAGUCAUGACAGGCGCAGGCACCACCAGAGAGAGCACAGAGGACCUCCCUCACCUUUGGCCGACGGUGCCUCCAAACACAGGCGUUCCACCUCGGAGGAUCGUCGGAGGUCUCCUUACCUGAGAGAGACCAGCAGUGGCCAUCAGCAGGAGUGGAAAACAGCCAGCCAGGAAAGGUCCCGGAGACAUCCUAGCCUUGAUCUGGAAAGAGAGGCUGAGCAUGGUGCCUGUGAUCACAGCCAUAGCUGGGAGCUGCGGGAGAGGAGGACAGCUGCCCGGGAGAAGGGUAGGAGACCUCUCAGUCUUGACAUGGAGUCGAAGCACGGACUUGCAGAUGAGGCACAGCACAGGAGAAGGCCUCCAAGGCAAGACAGAGAAAAGCACCUUCCCCUUCUUGAGUUGGAACUGGAGGCUGAGCAGGAAACCUGGCAUCAGGGCGGCGGCCGGGUGGUGCGCCCUGAAAAACACAAAUCUCGCCAUCAGGGUCGCUCAUCACACAGGAUGGCACAUGAUGAGAAGCUCCAUGAUGGUGAAUUUAGAGAUGAUCGUAGAAGGGGUGAGGCAAGAGACUGCAGAAGGGCAGGACAGAGGACACAUUCCCCAUCCCCACGUGCUGUGACCCAGGGGAAGGGUGGAGGCUGCCAGCGAGACUCAGGCACUAAUUUGAGGGGGAUGAAACAAACCAUGUAUGAUGGACCCCGAACGGAACAGGAGUUGUCUGAUGCGGAGAUUGCUCGGAAGCUGCAGGAGGAAGAGCUCCUGGCUAAUGAAGCAGAUCAGAAGGCAGCUCAAGUAGCCCAGGAUGAGGAAAUUGCUCGACUGUUGAUGGCUGAGGAGAAAAAGGCUUUAAGGAAAGAGAAAGAGAGAGAAAAGUCUUCCUUUGAAAAGAGGAGGCAUGAUCAAGAUUGGAAGCCUGAUGCAGGUGAGUCUACGCGCUCAAGGUCAAGAGAAGGGCCUGAAACUCAGCGACACAGAAGCGACAGGUCUUCAAGGUCACAGCCUCUCCUUGAUGACUUUGAACACUCUCGAUAUUACACAAGCCAGCCCAGCCCCUUGCGCCAGAUCCCCAGACCUGAGCACUCUCCUAAAGGUUCCCGUAGGAAGCAGUAAACUGUGCUAGCCUUUGCUUUGGUACUGACUCUUCUGUAGCAAAUAUUACUGGAAUUGCCAGGCAACUUCCUUGAUUCCUGACCCGAUGGGAGGCCCACCCUCCACUCCCAGAAUCAUCUCUUCAAGUGUCAUCAUAUUAAGGAAAAUUAUUUGUUUCAGUUUCUUACUCAUAUGUGAUGACUGAAGCAGUGCAGUAUAAUCUAGCUGCCACUGAGCUGUGCAAAUCAACCAGCUGGCUUAACAGCUCCUUCAUACAUCCUUUUGAGGCUUUCCUUCUAUUUUUAUUUUUAAUCUUUGGCUGGAGCUUUGACAAAUAGGACAAAUUGAGAUGCAUGUAAAAUGGAGGAAAAUUGAAGAAAUGAGUUGUGUUAUGGCAGUGCAGUGAAACAUCAGAAGUACAAGUCCUUUCAGUAUUAGGAUGGCUUAGCACAAAGAGUUGUAAGAGGAAACGUGUUUCUUCCUGUUUUGGAUAAGACAACUGACCCAACCUGACAGUCAUACUAGGAAGGAGAAUGCAUCUUCAAACGUACACCAGCAAAGGCCAGACCCUGGGACCGGUGACAAAGAAAUUGCCUAUGGAACAGAAUUUAACUGCUGUAUUUCUUUCUAGGGUUUCCAAAAAUCUGGAUAGAGUGUGUAACUAGGCAUUUAGCUCCAGAUAUAGGAUAGAACAGUUAAAAGGAAGACAAUUUCAACUGAAAUGACCUUGUGUGCAUGCUAGGGAGUUCAAGAAGCUGUGAGUUGUGGUUUGGGAACUCACGUCUGAAUGGACCUCUGUGGUCACCUACUUUGAGCUUCAGUGUAGUAGAAGCCAAGGAAUUUCACUGAAGCCAAGUAGGAUCUCCUGUAACUCCUAGCUUGAUUGCUGAUGCACUUGAGUACAGCAACUUGUAUCUGAACCUGCAUAUGUCUUGGAAAUGUGGGGCUGAAAGAGGGCCAUAUGGGCGUUGAAUUAAAAAUCUACAGUUACAGGCCACUUGAGCUAGACACAGAGUGCUGAAUGGUCCACACCAUGUCUGUGCUGACUGCCUUCCCUCUACAGUGCUCUGUCUAGCAUCCCAGGCAGACUCCAGUCUGGAAUAAAAAAAUUAUUGCUCUCUAGGGCUUAGCAGGGUCCGCAGGUUUGUUGUCUGUAUAGAUUUGCCCAUACAUUGAUUCCCCCCUUCCACUUUGAUGGCUUUCUGCUCUUUGAAAAUCAUUUUUCUCUUGCACAGACAAGUAGCCUUUUCUUUUGGCCUCCACUCAUUUUGAUUCUUUUGUCUUUUUAAUAAUUUUUUUGCCAUUAUUUUCAGGUAUAUUUUUAAACUACAAAGCUGAACAUUUGGACACUGGCUUGGAGUCUGUUCAUCUGGUACAGGCAGGUUGUUCAUGUGCCAGUCCAGUUCACAGCAGUGAGUUUGGCUGCCUUGCCCCUACAGCCCAGCUUCCUUAGUGCCCAGCACUGAGUCUGUCCUGCCAUGCUCUUCGUUGUCUGCCAGCAGCUGCAGUUCUGCCACUGGCUUUGUGGAGGAGGGGAGACAGAGCUAUGACUUUACUUGCCCUCACCACUGAUCUGCCUGGGAAGGGAGCCUUGACAGGUCUCUGGACCUAUAAGAAACUGGAAGAGAGCAUGGCUGUCUGCUGUUUCUCUAGUGCACAAUUCAAGUCCUAAGGCAGCUGUAAGGCUUUAACCUUGGCUGUAGUCCUUGGUAGGAUAGUUACUGGGCCAAAUCCCUAGGAAGACUAGGGUUUUUUUGUCAUAAGUUGGAGGGGCAAGUUUAAUGCUACAGCACAAACCCUUGUCUUGCCUUGACCAACAGCUCGAGAAACUUCCAUCUCUUACCCCCACUGGCCUGUUGGCAGCAGUUCAGUAUCUAUGAAGAACCACAUGACCCCCAAUAGACCAGGUAUACACUAUCCAAAAACCUUGUAAUGUAGGACUUGGUGCAUCAGCAGCAUCCUGCUACCUGCAUAUCCUUGCUUCCAGACUGUGAGCUUACUCACCUGCAUGAACCCUUAAGUGACUUGCAAGGUCUUGCUUGCUUGCUGCUGCUUCUCAGGAAAUAUCCCAGCCAGCAGCUAGAUUUUACUGUCCUUGCCUUGUUUACUCUUCUCGUUCUGUCUCUGUCUAUUGAGAAGUGUUAACAUUGUUUAAAAGGAUCCAGAAAAAUAACAACAUAGAUCCUGUUUUUCCUUUUUUCUUGUUUAUUUGAUAACUUGGCCCAGUGUGGCAACCUCAUCUACCGAGAUUUUAUUUUAUAAAAACUUAUUUUUGUAUUUCAUAUAACAGUCAAAAUUUCUGCUGCUGAAAAUGCCAUUUUUUUUUUCCUAUGGGCUUUUUCCCUCCACUGCCAUCAGAGUAAUUAUUGUUGUGAAAUGAAUGCCUGGUAUGUUUUUAUGAAUUAACACUUCCUACAUAACAGGCACUGCUGCUUGUAUCACCUGGUGCACUUGUGAAAACUGGAUGGGGAAAAGUCCUGCCAAAUCAGGAAGUGGUUGAGCUUUGUACUUGCUGUGCUUGCGAAAAACUGCUGCAAAAGGCAAAGGGAAAUUGCCAACUAGGAAUUCAGCCCUCUGUGGGUCUCUCUGUAGGGUGGCUAUGAUGGACUUUCUUGCACUGCAGUUGGCUGAUGUAACUCUUGUCUUACCCUAAUUAGAAAAGUCAUGAAGACCAUGAGCCCCCUGACAUUUGAAAAACCUGUUAAUUCAGAAGGGAUGCUUGGUGGUAUCCAAGUUGUUGACUUCAAUGGGAGCGAAUAGAAAUAUGAGAGAAAACUCUGAUUUAGUUUGGAAGCUGGGUAGAGUCUGAAGAACACCUCAGUACCUGCUCUGUGGAGCUCCAGGAUCUUCUUAAUGGCCUCCUUGGGCCAGUCAAGCUCUCCAGCCAUGGCACCAAGAGACAAAGAGCCCAAGGGAAGAAGCAUCUGCUGCUUCCUUGGGUGCCUUCAGGAAGUGCUGAAUGCUUUAUGGGCUGUUUUGCUCUGUAUCCUCCCUUCAUCCAUAUCUUUUUAUUCUUACUGUCUACCUUUAUUCAUUUGCUGUCCCUUUUAAGUGUUUCUCCUGUUUUAUUUUUCUAUAGCCCUUGUGGAAAGGGGGGCCCUAAGGUUUUGUUAGAAGGGGCUGACACCUAUUGAGAGAGAGAAAUGCUAGGAAUGGUAGCUGAGGAAAGCAGAUAGCAAAUGGGGUAUAAGCAGAGUAAUUGUUCAUCUGAUAUACUUUGGGGUCCUGAUGCAGUCAGAUAGGUUAGAGACUUCCCAAGGCAAAGGUUGCAACUGGACUUGUGUGUUUAGUGACCACUUUUGGAAGAGAAUUCUGUGAUCCCACUGAAGUCAACAAGAGUUAAGAUCAUGGAUGAACAAGGAGCCAAUUCCUCUUGGGGCUCAGCCGCCACAGUUCUGCUGAGAGUCAGGAAGGUGCAGUUGGUGUAGGCGAGAUGCAAACUCAGCACCUUGUACAUGUGUUCCUGGAAAGAAGCACAACAAAGCUGAUCUUUUAUAAAGAAACAGCAAUAUUUCCUUCUUACGGCAGAAAAGUGUUUCAGUAUCUUUAUUUUUUCCUUGUUUUCUCUUGCCCAGUUUUAGUAGCUUUGUCUAUGGGUUUGCUCCAGAUCUAGUAGGAUGUAGGAGUCCUUGCUGGGACCCCUGCCUGGGUUUGUUCAGGUCUUGUAUCCCUUUCUCAAUCUGUGCAUUAACAAGGCAUCAGGCACCACGUGGAAAAUUCAUCUCCAUGAAAUCCUGGUACUUCCUAAUAUUCAUAGUUGGCACAUCUCAGCCACAAGAGCUCUCACCACCUCCUUGCCUCCGUCCAAAGCACAAUGUCUGCCGAAGAGAGGUUGGGUGAACCGGAGGGAUCGUGCCUUACCCGCAGGGAUACUCCAUGUCUUCAGCAGGCUGGUCUCAGUCGCCUUGCUAUGAAACACUGUCUUAAUCUGGACUGUACAGCUUCCUGCAGCAAGAAGCAGCUGUUGUCACGUGGAUAGAUCCAACAGGUUACUUUUAUCUUUUUUUUAAAGAACUUCAUGGUUUUGAACUUGGUGGGGUGAGAAAAUACCAGCUCUUAAGGGAUAAAUGAAGUCUCAUCAUUGAAUUUCUCCUCUUGGGGAGGAAGCAUAGAAGUUACAGAUGCUGCGGUCUGCUUCACUCUGUAAAAGGGAUCUUGUAUGUACAGUAUUUUUAUAUCUCUGCAUUCCCACCUAUCAGGAUUUGAAUCAGAAUUGAUUACAUUCUCUACUUAUGGAAAAAAAUGGAUUGUUAUUUUUACAGUGCUAGACCUUUUUGUGUUUAUUUUGUGCCAAAUUACACCCACUGUUACAUUCUAGUGUUUUCAUUCAGUUUAUUGCUGUGGAUCAAUGUGUGUAUUAUAUGUUUUUAUUAUCAAGGUUUUUAUUUUAAUUCAUAUUAUCCUGUAUACAAACUAACUGUGGAUUGCUAAUUUAUAUAUAAAAAGGGGAGCACUUGGAGACAGUGUGAGGAUUCCCCUACUUAGUUUACACUCUUGUAAGUUAGCACAGCCAGUCCAUGAAACUCGUUUCUUCUUGCCCAGAACAAUCUCCUGGGUGUCUGUCCCCCUGAGCAGGUGGCUCCUUGUGUCCCUCAUGGCAGCACUGUCACUGCAAGACUGUGAGAUGCAAUGGGAACCGAAGCACAGCUCAUGGCAUGGACUGAUGGGCAGCUGAGCUCAGUGCUAUCCAGCUCCUGGCAGUGAUGCCAGGGAGGGUGCUGCUUUGAGGUUAGCUCUGCUCUAUAUCCAUCUCCAGCCAAUGGACUGUUGGUUUUGCCCCUCUCUCCCAAGAUGUUCAGGGCUUAGUUUUGCAGUUGCUUUGGGAGGUGGGUGUGGGACGUAGGGCUAAGGCACAGUGGUAUCCCUCACAUGAAGUAUACCACAGGCAGCUUGUCUUAUGUUUGUUGCAGAGGGCAGGCAUAAACCUACGGAGAACCCAGUUUACUCCUGAAAUGUGCUGUAGCACGUUUGUGGUUGUGCAGCACUGCUGUGGAGGCACUGACUGUGCUGCACACAUGUGCCCCUUGGACUGCUGUGCCCAGGACAGGCUGUGGGACAUGUGUUUCAUGUUGAGAAAGCUACCCUAACCUCAGCAUCUGGGCUGGAGAUACAUUAGCCACCUCCUCCCCAUCAGUAGCACAGGGCAAAGCUUAGCUGUGCAGUUUGGGCUCUUCCAGGAGAGUUCCAGAGAGGACAGUGGCACACACAAAUGAGUAUUUUCUACUUCGUGGUAAACAAGUUCCACUGUAUCAGUGUUCACUCUAAGUAGACUCCAUGGUCUGUCUCCAGCUGCAUCUGUGCACUGCAAUAUAGUUAAUUGCCUCAGAGAAAUAACUGCAGUUGUCUCAUUUAGCUCUUCAGGGUAAACUUUCAGUCUGUUGAAUCUAAAUAUUAGCCAUGCGAUGAGGUGGAUUAGUCAGAAGGCUUAAAUUCCUCAGAGCUGCAAGUGUACCCUGGGUUGUAACAGCUAAUCCUUAAAUAUGAAUUGCACACUGACAAUAAUCUGUCUAUGCAAGCCUAUUCUUGUUUUCAAUUUUUGACUGUUCACUCUAUAAUUUUACCAGGUUUGGCAUAGAACUUCUGAAUGACAUUUAACCAAAGUAUCAUGUCUGUGUGUGUGCGUGUGUAUAGCAUGUUUUGCUUCAUGCUCCUGAAUUCUCAUUGAAUGUAAAGGGAACAUUGCCUUGCCCCAUUUUGUUCAAUAAACCGCUGUAUUUUGUUACCCACCACA